UUUUAAAUUCUAGGUUAGGUUUGAGUCGUGGCAUGACACGCGGUGCGGUUCAUCGCGAUUAGCGGCCGUUAGCAAGGGUUAAAUAGAAUUAAUAUUGAGAAAAGAUUUGCCAUCGGAUGUGAGAAAGUCGAUAAAAUCUUGUCAACAUGGCUAGCGAGUUAGCGGAGAAAGUACUUGAACAUUUAUCAAAGCAUGGUGAUGGAGUGAGCACUUUGGAUCUGGCUGAGAUAUUUGGCGAAGAUCAUCAGAAAGUGAUCGGCGCUGUUAAGAGUCUUCAAACCCUCGAAAAUGUUAUUUCAGUUGAACAAUUGAAUAAGAAGAACUGGGCACUGACGCAGGAGGGUCAGCAAGUCGCUGAAAAUGGGAGCCACGAGGCUGCAGUCUUUAAUGCUGUGCCAAACGGCGGUGUGGCGCAAACAGAGAUUAUGAAAACUGUACCCAAUGCUAAGGUGGGAUUUUCAAAGGCGUUGGUAGCCGGCUGGAUCGAGCUGGACAAGAGCAGCGGAGCUCCAAUUGUCAGGCGAAAAGUACCUUCCAUAACGGACACAAUUCAGUUACACUUGAAAAAUGUUGCCAGUAUCCCGGACAAUGUUAAAAAUGAUUACAAGAAGAGAAAACUCCUGCAGGAAGUGGUAACAAAGAUAAUGGUUUUGUCAAAAGGACCACAAUUUGUGACUAAAAUUGAGAAACUGGAAGCGGAUCUUACGUCAGAUUUAUUGGCAAAUGACUCUUGGAAGGAAAAGAAAUUCAAGCCUUACAAUUUCGAUGCUCUUGGUGUGGCGCUUGACGUCGGUCAUCUGCACCCGCUUCUUAAAGUCAGAGCUGAAUUCAGAAAGAUUUUCCUCGAAAUGGGAUUCUCCGAAAUGCCUACAAACAAUUUUGUUGAGAGUUCAUUCUGGAAUUUCGAUGCGCUGUUUCAGCCACAACAACACCCCGCGCGAGAUGCACAUGAUACUUUUUUCAUAUCUGAACCGAGGACUAGCUCAAAUUUUCCAAAGAAUUACUUGGAGAAGGUAAAGAAAGUGCACAGCGAAGGCGGCUAUGGAUCGCAAGGGUAUCGAUAUGAAUGGAAAAUUGAGGAAGCUCAGAAGAAUUUACUCAGGACCCAUACAACAGCUGUUAGUGCCAGAAUGCUCUACAAUCUCAUGCAACAAGGUGAAUUUAAGCCUGUACGAUACUUUAGUAUCGACAGAGUAUUCAGGAACGAGACACUCGAUGCCACGCAUUUGGCUGAGUUUCAUCAGGUUGAAGGCGUAGUCGCAGACUACAAUCUCACACUGGGUGAUCUAAUAGGAACACUCUACGAGUUCUUCAAAAAACUCGGCAUCACUCAACUGGAAUUCAAGCCGGCAUACAAUCCAUACACCGAACCGAGCAUGGAGAUAUUCUGCUUCCAUAAUGGUCUGGGAAAGUGGAUAGAGAUUGGAAACAGCGGAAUUUUCAGACCUGAGAUGCUGCUGCCGAUGGGGUUGCCCGAAAAUGUUAAUGUUAUUGCAUGGGGUCUGUCUUUGGAAAGGCCUACGAUGAUCAAGUACGGAUUGAAUAAUAUUCGUGAUCUAGUCGGACCAAAAGUGGACCUGCAAAUGGUGCAUAACAAUCCGAUAUGUCGUCUUGAGAAGAAUGGGCCAAGGAUAUUGAAGUCAAAAUAUACGGCAGAACAGUUGGAAGAACGUUUGGAUAAAAUUCUCUUGGAACUAGAACAGUUACAGAAGGAAUUGCCGAGAGGUGGGCGCUUGACAAAAAAAUUUGAGAAAAAAAAUUUCGUAAUAUUCUGCGACCCUAGUCGACCAAUAUAUUCCUUAGAAGCUCUACUCAGUUUGAUCAGCGAAUUUCAUAGUGUAUUCGUUUCUACGUACACCCAUUCUAACGUUACAGUAUUUCCUCAAGAGCUGAAAGAUUUUUGUUCGAAGUUUAAGAAAGCUACGAAUGCUGAUACCGCCGACAUCACCGUAACGAUCGUUUGGAAGAUCGUGGGUAUCGACCCAAUUUUGAAAAUUAGUCAGAAUCAUGAAAUUGUUGGCGAAGUCAACAUAGCUCGGUAUUUGAAUCGGUCCAUUGAAGCUGAACGCAGCAACGUCUUGGAAUACGAGACAGGCUUAGCUGCUCACGCUGACAAAAUAGACUCGGCAUUAGACAAAAUACAUGGUAUCAUACACAGUGCCACAAGACACAAGCUAGACACUAUGCAAAUUAAAUCAAAAACCGGAUAUAUAAUCGGUAACAAACUUUCAAUUGUUGACAUCGUUUGGAACUCUGUAAAAAAGUAUCAUCCUAAAUAGUUUCAUAAGCAAGUAUUCCUGAAUUCUAUAAAACGAAACAAAAAAUAUUUUAUUAUUAUUGAGAAUUAUAAAUUAUUAUUUCUUUU